GGCAUUCUUCCCGCGCUCUCCCCCUUACACGCAGAAAUCAUGUCGGGGCAGAGGGAGCACGAUCAUCGCUCGAGCACUUCGAGCGACGAGAGCAUCGAGACGCGCGAUGGAAACAACGUCGACAAUGGCGAAGGCGCAGGUCCGCUAGAAAAGCUAAGCACCGUCGCUUCGGGUCUUUCGGUCCUCGAGCAGCGCGCGCAAUCGGUGGUUUCACGCAUUCGGAGUCGCGAACCCGGCCAAAUGGCUAAAUUCACCCAUCCGCUAUCGCAUUCGAAAACAAGCGAGGAUUUCAUUGUCGAUUUUGAUGGGCCCGAUGAUCCGUAUAGACCUAUGAACUGGGGGUUUAGGAAGAAGGCUGUGACAACAGUGCUGUAUGGGUUGACUACAAUGGGUGCGACGUGGGCAAGUUCGAUCUAUUCAACGGGUCAAUCGCAGGUCAGUGAAGAAUUUGGGGUUUCUAUGGAGGUGUCUACAUUGGGUACUUCAUUGCUGCUGUUUGGACUGGGUCUCGGCCCGCUGAUCUGGGCGCCUCUGUCGGAGGUCUUUGGACGCAAACCGGCUGUUCUCGCACCAUACUUCAUUGCGGCGAUCAUGUCAUUUGGUACAGCUACUGCGAAGGACCUGCAGACGAUCAUGUUGACCCGGUUUUUCACUGGUUUCUUCGGCGCGGCCCCGGUCACAAACACCGGUGGAGUACUGAGCGAUAUCUGGACCCCCGAGCAGCGUGGCGCGGCCAUCGUCGGGUAUGCAAUGGCAGUGGUUGGCGGACCUGUUAUAGGUCCAAUUGCUGGUGGUGCGAUCGUACAGAGUUAUCUACACUGGCGGUGGACAGAAUACAUCACCGGUAUCAUGAUGAUGUUCUUCCUCGCGAUGGACCUAAUCUUCAUCGAUGAAAGCUACCCACCAGUCCUCCUGGUCUACAAAGCGCGACGUCUCCGUUUCGAAAGCGGCAACUGGGCCCUCCACGCGCGCCACGAAGAAUGGGAUGUGACAUUCAAAGAACUUGGUAACAAGUACCUUGUUCGACCCUUCCAGCUUCUCACAACUCCAAUCUGCUUCCUAGUCGCCCUGUACGCCUCCUUCGUCUACGGUAUCAUCUAUCUCAGUCUAGCAGCCUUCCCAAUCGUCUUCCAAGAAGUCCGCGGAUGGAACCAAGUGGUCGGCGCACUCCCUUUUCUCGCCUACCUGGUUGGCAUCCUCUUCGGCGCAGUCGUCAACCUCGCCAACCAGCGAUACUACAUUAAACGCUUCAAAGCUAACAACAACCGCGCCGUUCCAGAAGCUCGUCUCCCGCCCAUGAUGCUCGGCUCUGUAUUCUUCGCAGGAGGCAUGUUCGUCUUUGGCUGGACAAGCCCUGCUGACAUCCACUGGAUUGGCCCUAUCAUCGGUGCCGUGAUGAUGGGUUUCGGCUUCUUCACAAUCUUCCAAGCGGCGCUCAACUACCUCAUCGACACGUUUCAAAAGGUAUCUGCUUCGGCAGUUGCGGCAAAUACGUUCCUCCGUUCGGUUUUUGCCGGAGCGUUCCCGCUCUUCACGAACGCUAUGUUCCACAAUUUAGGCGUACCAUGGGCUGCCAGUGUUCUGGGCUUCGUCUCUGUUGCGCUGAUUCCCAUCCCGUAUCUUUUCUUCACAUAUGGAAGAAGUAUUCGGGCACGUGGGAAAUGGUCUGCUGGGUCUCUUUAG